GCCCCGGCGUGGACCGGGGUGGGGGCCGGGGCUGCCAGCUUGGCCCUGGCCUGUCAAGCGGCUCAUUGUUCCUGCCCCGGGUGUCACUGGGCGCCGCCGGGGACAAUGUGGCACUGAGCGGGGCGGCCGGCGGCGGAGGGACGAGGCGCACGGAAAGGCUCAUCUCGCCCUCCCGCCAUGGCAUCACCAGACAGAGCCAGUGGCGUGGGCGGCAGUCCUGAGGAGACGGAGCUCAGCAUCACCCUGACCCUGCGCAUGCUCAUGCACGGCAAGGAGAUCGGCAGCAUCAUUGGCAAGAAAGGAGAGACUGUUAAGAGGAUACGAGAGCAGAGCAGUGCACGCAUCACCAUCUCGGAAGGGUCCUGCCCCGAGCGCAUCACCACGAUCACCGGCUCCACCGAUGCCGUCUUCCGCGCCGUCUCCAUGAUCGCCUUCAAGCUGGAGGAGGACCUGGGAGCAGGGGGCGAUGGGGUGUCAGCAGGCAGAGCACCGGUGACGCUGCGCCUUGUCAUCCCCGCCAGCCAGUGCGGUUCCCUCAUCGGCAAGGCGGGAGCUAAGAUCCGGGAGAUCCGGGAGAGCACAGGGGCACAGGUGCAGGUGGCUGGUGACUUGCUGCCCAACUCCACUGAACGGGCCGUCACUGUCUCAGGGGUGCCAGACACCAUCAUCCAGUGCGUGAGGCAGAUCUGUGCUGUCAUUCUGGAGUCGCCUCCGAAGGGGGCCACCAUACCCUACCACCCUGGUCUCUCCCUGGGCACCAUCCUGCUCUCUGCAAAUCAGGGCUUCUCCAUGCAGGGCCAGUACAGCGGGGUCUCUCCUGCAGAGGUGACGAAGCUGCAGCAGCUGUCAGGGCAUGCGCUUCCCUUUGGCCCCCUGGGCCAUCCACCCACCAUGUUGCCAGGCCUGGAUGCCAGCUCCCAGAGCAGCUCCCAGGAGUUCCUGGUGCCCAAUGACCUCAUUGGCUGCAUCAUCGGCCGGCACGGCAGCAAGAUCAGCGAGAUCAGGCAGAUGUCGGGUGCCCACAUCAAGAUUGGCAACCAGACCGAGGGCUCCAGCGAGCGGCACGUGACCAUCACAGGGACCCCUGUCAGCAUCACCCUGGCUCAGUACCUCAUCACAGCCUGCUUAGAGACUGCUAAAUCUACCUCCCAGGUGCCCCCAGGCCCUGGCUCCAUGGACCUCGGCAUGGGCUUCUCCCAGCCCCUCGCCCCAGCCCCAGCCCCCCCAGCCCUCCUGGGCAGCCCCUACGCCAUCUCCCUCUCCAAUUUCAUCGGCCUGAAACCUGUGUCCUUCCUGGCACUGUCCCCAUCCUCCGUGGCAGGUCCCAAUGGUGGCAGCACCACCUACACGACCAAGAUCUCCGCGGCCAACGGCACCAAGAAAGCUGACCGGCAGAAGUUCUCACCCUACUGAGCCCCACUGCUGGGUGGGCCAGGGCAUCCAGGGUGCUACUCAGUAGCAGGGACACCUUCCCACCACCCACCCUGACCUCAGCCUCUGCCAGGUGCCCCCUGUCCCCCACCCCAGGGAAGGGAAGGGUCUUCCCUGGUGGUGAUGCCUGCUGGAGGAAGGGGUUGUUUCAUUGCCUGCUGCCCAUCCCAGCAGCACUGUGCCCCCCUCCCUGAUUUUCUGCACAGAGACCAUGUGUCCUGGUAUUGGGUGUGGGGGCUGCCCCUGCGGGCCUAGGGUCCCUUCUCCCAGUGCCCUGUGCUGGUGUGGGACCUCUGCUUCCUGCUCCUCACCCUGCCUCCCCUGUCAUCCUGCUCAUGUCCACGCUCCAUCUGGCACCCAAAAGCCAGGUCCCACUAGAGGAGGACUGCCUGGCUCUCCAGGAGUCCCCCUUCCACUGGCUCUGGUGGGGGGCCCUCCCUGGGCCACACUGGGAUAAUUGCCUCCCAGAACCCCAUCCAAGAGCCAGUCCCUGCUGGCUUGGAAAUGCUGUAUAUAUAUGAGUCUAUA